AGAGAGAGAGAGAGAGAGAGAUGGGUAUACAUAUGGGGAUAGACAUGUAUGUAUUUGUUUAUGCAUAUAUGACAUGAAAUGAUUGAGUAAGUUUAAGAGUUAGCCAUAUUUUAUAAAUCAAAAAACAACAAUUGCUGAGAAAGGGGAGAGGCCUAUACUUUUGAUUGUUUUCUUUCUCUUCGACUCCGGAUUGUAGCUGUCUCCUUAUAUACUUUUCUCUUGGUAUUUUGUGGGUUUUAUCUGUAGUUUUUCUUCCUCUUGUUUCUUAGUGGAUUGUUUCUGAAAUGAUUUUCAAAGGGGAACUAGAGCUAGGGGAGGUAAAAACAUCCCCCCAUGGCAGCAACCCUUUAUUUUGCUUUUCUUUCUAUUAACUCAACUUUUACAAAUCCUGAGAGAGGAGAAAAGCUGAAAAUUUUAUGCCGAUUAUGGUAAUUUGGGUGAUUUCUGAAUUCUAGGUUUGGUGGUGUUGAAGAAGAAGAACUGAAGAAGUAGCAGCUAAGCCUAGCCCGAAGAAAUUAACAACAAGAGAAGCAAGCAACGAUUAACAGCCAUAGUAUCUUUGAAGAUGGCCGCCGCCUCAUCAUCCACACCGUUCUUUGGAACCAGGGAAGAAAAUCAAACCCAGAUGAUACAACAACAAUCUUCCAGCACACCCACUUCCUCAACUGCUCCAACCACUGCACCUCAGAAGAAAAAGAGAAAUCAGCCUGGAACACCAAAUCCAGAUGCGGAAGUGAUAGCACUAUCUCCCAAGACCCUAAUGGCAACAAACAGGUUCAUUUGUGAGGUAUGCAACAAAGGGUUCCAAAGGGAGCAAAACUUACAGCUUCACAGAAGAGGACACAACCUGCCUUGGAAGCUAAGGCAGAAGACUACAAAAGAAGUGAAGAGGAAGGUUUAUCUCUGCCCUGAGCCCACAUGCGUCCACCAUGACCCCUCUAGGGCUCUAGGUGAUCUCACAGGCAUCAAAAAGCACUACUCAAGAAAACAUGGCGAGAAAAAAUGGAAGUGUGAGAAGUGCUCCAAGAGGUAUGCCGUGCAAUCUGAUUGGAAAGCUCAUUCAAAGACCUGCGGGACUAGAGAGUACAGAUGUGACUGUGGUACUCUCUUCUCAAGACGUGAUAGUUUUAUCACUCACAGGGCUUUUUGCGAUGCACUGGCUCAAGAGAGUGCUAGACACCCCACCAACUUAAGCACAAUGGGUAGUCAUCUAUUUGGAAGUAAUCACAUGAGUUUAGGACUAUCCCAAGUGGGUUCCCAAAUUCCAUCAUUGCAAGAUCAGAAUCAACCACCGAGUAACAUGCUGAGGUUGGGAAGCGCCGGAGCAGCAAAGUUUGAGCACCUCAUCCCUCCAUCAAAUCCUUCUCCAUUACAAAACAUGCCAACAUCUGCAUUUUUCAUGCCUGAUGCAAACCAAGGUUUUCAUCAUCAAGACCAUCAAUCUCACCAUGGGCAUGGACCAUUUCUAAACAAACCAUUACAUGGGCUUAUGCAACUUCCUGACCUUCAAGGGAAUACUAACAAUACCCCCGCAUCCACCAAUCUUUUCAAUUUAGGCUUCUUUCCCAAUAACAGUGCUGCAAGCAGCAUAAGUACCAGUGAAAAUGCCAGUGCCUCAACUGCCAACUUACCAAAUUCCGGGUUUUUAAGCCCUAAUCAGUUUAACAGUGGGAAUGGUGGUGGUGGUGGUCAAGGGACAGCAAUGUUCUCUACUAACAUGGGAGAUCAGGUCGGUUCAGGACUCUCCUCUCUUUAUAGCACUUCAAUGCAACAUGAGGACAUUUCUCCACAUAUGUCAGCCACCGCAUUGCUGCAAAAAGCUGCUCAAAUGGGUUCAACUACAAGCAACAACACCUCCUCUUUGCUAAGGGGCUUGGGGAGUUCUUCAGCAAGUGGGAGUAAAUCCGAUAGGCCAGUUUUAUCCGCUAACUUCGGCAGUAAUUACGGUGGUGGUGGAGGUGAAACCCUAAGAUCACAGAUGGAGAACGAUAGCAAUCUUCAAGGGCUAAUGAACUCUCUUGCAAACGGCAACUCUUCCAUUUUCGGGGCGGGCCAUGGACAAGAUAGCAACUUUGGAGGGUUCAGUGGAAGUGGGAUGACUCUUGAUCAGCAAAGCAAUAAUGCCAACUUUUGCAACGUAAAUGAGGCCAAGUUGCAUCAAAAUCUUGCGGCAAGCAUAGGUGGAACUGAUAAAUUAACCUUGGAUUUUCUAGGUGUUGGAGGAAUGGUAAGAAACAUGGGUGGAGGUUUUUCGCAGAGAGAACAACAUGGGAUCAAUAUUAGCUCUUUGGACCCCGAAGUGAAGUCAGCUCAAGCAAAUCAACAAUUUGGAAGUGCAAAACUUCUCUAAAUAUUGACUAGAAGCCGUCGAGCUAGGGUCUGAGGCAGGCAAGCGAGCUUUGUAGGUUAAGAUGUAGGGAAAAACUCUUCUUGGUUUUGAAUUUGACGGCAUGAAUUAGCUAGGGUUUCAUUCCUAAGGUGUUUUUAAGGUUUACUUUAGAUUCAAUUUAAGUUGUUUUCUUUGCAUACUCUAGUCGUUGAACAGAGAUGGUAAGCAAAAAAAAAAAAAAAAAAAAUAAUCUUCUCUUUUCCCUACUACUAUUCUCUAGUACAUUUUCAUUUGGAUGCAGAGUCACCUUACAUGGAAAUUUCCUAGUCUUUUCAUUAUCUUUUUUUUUUUUUUACAUGAAGAUUCAGUUAAAGCAUAAGUUUUAUUU